CUUUAUGUGAAGUCAAAUUAGGGUUUUAAUAUAUAUCAAAUGUAUCAUCAGGAUCUUGAGCAGCCCUAGUCGUUUCGUCUCAGUCACUCUGUCCAGCCGCUAAAAAUGAAGCACAACAACGUUAUCCCGAGCUCACACUUCCGCAAGCAUUGGCAGAACUAUGUCAAGACUUGGUUUAACCAGCCUGCCAGGAAAACAAGGAGACGUGUUGCUAGACAGACGAAGGCUGUGAAGAUCUUCCCUCGUCCAACCUCUGGUCCUCUCCGCCCUGUUGUGCAUGGUCAGACUCUUAAGUACAACAUGAAAGUUAGAGCUGGAAAAGGAUUCACUCUUGAAGAGCUUAAGUCUGCUGGUAUCCCAAAGAAGUUGGCUCCAACAAUCGGAAUUUCUGUUGAUCACCGUCGCAAGAACCGUUCUUUGGAGGGUCUUCAAUCCAAUGUCCAAAGGUUAAAGACUUACAAGGCUAAGCUGGUUGUGUUCCCUCGCCGUUCCCGUAAAGUCAAGGCUGGUGAUUCUACCCCAGAGGAGCUUGCUAAUGCUACUCAAGUCCAGGGAGAUUACAUGCCAAUUGUUAGCCAGAAGGCAGCCAUGGAGCUAGUGAAGGUGAGUGCCGAUAUGAAGGCUUUCAAAGCUUAUGACAAACUCCGUCUUGAGCGAACAAACGCACGCCAUGCUGGUGCCAGAGCCAAGAGGGCAGCUGAGGCCGAAAAAGAAGAGAAGAAGUAAAGAUCGUUGCUGUAGAACUUUAAUCAUUCUUGAAUUCUUCUUCCUGUUCUUGAUUUUGUUUAAGACUCUGUUUUCUUUUUGGUGCGGUUUAUUAAUACUUAGAUCUCGAAUAUUUCUGGUACUUCGGUUUCCUGUGUUUAUGAAAUAUAACGAGUUUGGGAGUUUUAUGUUAAAA